CCGGGGUGGUAUAGUACCUAUCUCUACUGCCAGCAGCGGGGGGAUGCGAAGCUAAACACAGAACAGAUUCCGGACGCCCCACGGAUCCAGGACUGGGCGUGGCGGGUGGUAUUUCUGGACCCCGAGCCGAACACCUGGGGCCCGCGAGUGCUGUACGGCCGCCGGCUGCGGUUCGACUCGAUUCCGGAGUUUCUGGAUUGGUACAGUAGCUGGCUCGACCAUCUGGAUGCCCGCGGCUUACGGAGUCUGCAGCGCCACGCGCGCAGAUGCGACACCGACUGCGAGUCGGACUGUUGUAUGCAUGGCCAAGGACUUGAAUCAUUUCCUCUUCCUGGUGCGGUAUUCCCGCAGGUUUAG